AUGGAGCUUACCACCAUUUUCUCCCUCAUCAUACCUUUGCUCAUAACUAUGCAGGUCCAAAUGGCCUUCUCAUCUGAGAUCGAAGACGACGAAGAAUACGUGCUCGACUCUCCAUUGCUGAACUUCAGAUCAAGAAGCAGAUUCUUGGGCAGUGUAAUCAAGCAAGGUGCUAAGUGCAAUCCCAUUAAGAAGAACAUCUGUAAUGGGAUUUUGGCGAACAAAGGAACAAGCAUUUUGUUUUGCUGCAAGAUAAAGUGUGUCAACGUUCUUGGAGAUAGGAACCACUGUGGGCAAUGUGGUCGUAAGUGCAAGCUUGGAGAGCUUUGCUGCCAUGGAACUUGUGUCUUGUACCAACAUUUUAAACAAUUGGCACCACUUGCACACCCUCAGGGCCGCCCUGCUCGAAUUUAUCCGAAGUUUCAUGUAAGGAGAUUGAAGGUAAUUGAAUGA